AUGGCUUCCUCAUCCACACCACCAACUCCCCUUCUUUAUUCUUGUAUCUCUCACAAUACGACCAUCCUCGCCGAGCAUACCACGUCCGCCGCUUCGCAAACUUCAUCCCUAGCCUCCCUUGUCCUUCCGAAAAUCAAGCAUGAUGAACCUCAAAAACUGACCUAUACCCACAACAACUCCUUCAUCCAUUAUAUGGCAUCUGCACCCUCUGAAUACCCCGCUUCCGAAUCGUCUGCGGGUGGACUUACGUUCCUCGUGAUUGCCGAUGCCUCUCUCAGACGUCGCAUACCGUUUGGUUUUCUUUUCGAGAUCAAAAAGCGCUUCUUUACAUCUUUUCCACCUUCUACUACAGAUUUUUCCGAUCUAGGAAGUUACGGCGCUGGAUCAUUCAAUUCCGAACUCAAGAAAUUGAUGGUGGAAUACGGAACAACCCAGGGUGGCAAAGAGGAUGCGAUCAAGAACGUACAAGGUGAAAUUGACAAUGUGCGAGGUAUUAUGAGUCAAAAUAUCGAAAGUCUUUUGGAAAGGGGCGAGAGAAUUGAUCUACUCGUUGACAAAACGGAUAGACUCGGUGGAAGCGCAUCGGAAUUCCGAAUUAGGAGUAGAGGCUUGCGCAGACAGAUGUGGUGGAAGAAUGUGAAGUUGAUGGUACUUUUGACUGUUGUUAUCAUCUUCUUGCUCUACUUGUUUGUUGGGUUUGGAUGCGGAUUACCGGGAUGGCAAAAGUGUGUUGGAUAG